CUAUCUUGGGUCCAGAAGAAGGAAAAUGUGUACUAGCACGGAUACAGACCUCCUUGUUCCUUGAGAGACAGCGAGGGAUGGUGGACAACCCAACUUAAAUGAGACAAAACAGUGGAAAACCCCAAAAUAUUGUCAAUAUGGGGCGCUCUGCCAAGCUAGGUCCCCGGAUAGUUUCACAAUGUGAUGACGAGACUUUGGAAAUGAAAAGUGUACUGCGGUUCGAGACCUUAGACAUUCUUUGCUGAUGGGAGGUGAGAAAGGAACAAGACUGCUGACCAUAUUUCUCAUGACGUGUAUGAUACAAAUAUGCGACACAGCUUGUGCUUUUACGCGUAGCCCCAUAAGUACCACCUUUGAUGAUAAGAUCAAAGAUUUGAAACUCCACUUACCUUUGGAUUACCCUGUAACUACUGUCUCAAAUUUGAUAAACGAGAACAGCUGCUUGGAUAUUUGGCAUCUGUAUUUUUGUCAACGAAAACUCAAGACAAUUGCAAAUGUUUGUGGAGAAGAACUGAAAAAAAAAAUAAACGGAUUUGUGGCGAAACUGGAAUUUAUUGAAAGAUGUGGAUUUCAAGUAUCAAGCAACUGCUUAAUCCAGGAGAGGAUGAACAUAACAGUAUUUUUAGACAAAAUGUCCAACAGCAUGAAAAGCGUGGAAAAGAACUAUGAAAAGGGUUAUUCCCAGUGCACUAACAUUGUCUGUAAUCAAGAACAGAUACCAGAGGAAAAACAGAAUUUCUUUCUUCCUGCGACAGCAGAUCUACCCCACAAAGACCAGCAAUGGGAUGACAAUAAACAACAGGGAGACAGAUGUCAUCACAUCCCGUGCCGCCGUCCAACGGGUAAGCAGGACGUAACAAUGUGGACUUACAGAAACAAAAAGUCUGCUCGUCCCAACGAAAUGCAGUUCUACGUGGUUCUUGUCUCUGUAGUUUUGGGGUUGUUCCUGAUUGUUUGGAUAAACUGAUGUGCAAAUUACAUAAACACGAAGAUGAGGCUACAUUGAAGUAUAGAUGUUUCAUCAGCUUUUUAUGGAAGAAGGCUAUUUCUUAAAUACCUUACAUUUUCUAAAGUAUUGUUUUCAUAAAGUGGGGUGUUUUUUGUUUUUUUUGGAAACUUAAACGAAAAUGUUAUUUUGCCUGGAAUUUUUGAUCCUAAAAUGUAAAGCCUAACGCUCCAUUAAUAAACAUGGUCUCUGAAUAUCUGUGACUCUAGUUCUUGUAAUGAACUUUUAUAAAAAUGUUACUCUGUUCGGUCAUGAAUCAUUUUUUUUAACAUGGUCAUUUCUAUGAAAUACUCAUGGACUCGAUGGAACUUCAUAAUUUUAAGCCUCAACGUUGAAGCAGAAGUUUGACCUUCACAACUUGUGUUAUAAUUAAAUUCAUGUAUUAAAACAAA